CUGGCCUGUGGACAGUCUUCACGUUAGGUGGGGUGGGGAGUAAACCAACGCCGCAGCUGGAGCAGUGCUCCCCUCUAGCUAACCAGAGUCUACUGCUUCUGCUGAUCUUGGCCAAUCUGACCGAUGCUCCAGAUACGCCGAAUCCCUACAGGCAAGCUAUUAUGUCCUUCAAGAACACGCAAGAUAGCACUGCUUUUUCAUCAUCAAAUCCCCAUGCUUUCCAGAUAAAUUUUAACAGUUUAUACACAGCUUUGUGUGACCAACAGAGAUCUGAUCAAGCAACUCUUCUUUUAUACAUGCUUCUGCAUCAAAAUGGCAACGUGCGGACGUACGUGUUGGCACGAACGGACAUAGAAAAUCUUGUUCUGCCAAUUCUUGAAAUUCUGUAUCACGUUGAAGAAAGGAAUUCACACCAUGUUUAUAUGGCUCUUAUCAUUUUGCUGAUCCUCACAGAGGACGAUGGCUUCAACCGAUCCAUUCAUGAAGUGAUACUGAAAAAUAUCACUUGGUAUGCUGAGCGUGUCUUAACAGAGAUCUCACUUGGGAGCCUCCUGAUACUAGUUGUGAUAAGAACCAUUCAGUACAACAUGACACGGACAAGGGACAAAUACCUUCAUACAAAUUGUCUGGCAGCCUUAGCAAAUAUGUCAGCACAGUUCCGCUCACUUCAUCAGUAUGCUGCUCAGAGGAUCAUCAGUUUAUUUUCUUUGUUGUCUAAAAAACACAACAAAGUGCUGGAGCAAGCCACGCAGUCCUUAAGAGGUUCCCUUGGUUCAAAUGACUCUCCGCUUCCUGAUUACGCGCAAGAUCUGAAUGUGAUCGAGGAAGUGAUCCGGAUGAUGUUGGAGAUCAUCAAUUCCUGCCUGACAAAUUCUCUUCAUCACAACCCAAACUUGGUGUACGCGCUGCUUUACAAGCGGGAUCUGUUUGAGCAGUUUCGAACUCACCCUUCCUUCCAGGACAUAAUGCAAAAUAUAGAUCUGGUGAUCAGCUUUUUCAGCUCCCGAUUAGAGCAAGCUGGAGCUGAGCUGUCAGUGGAGCGGGUUCUGGAAAUCAUCAAGCAAGGAGCUGUUGCUUUGCCCAAAGACAGGCUAAGAAAAUUCCCCGAGCUGAAGUUCAAGUAUGUGGAGGAAGAGCAGCCUGAGGAGUUCUUCAUUCCCUACGUUUGGUCCUUGGUCUACAACUCUGCCGUGGCCCUGUACUGGAACCCGCAUGACAUCCAGCUCUUCACUAUGGACUCCGGCUGA